GAAGGCCGAACCGCGCAUCAUUGCUUCGCGGUUAAUUAUUUUCUAUUUGGUCUAUCUGUCUCUUUCUUUCUUUCCUUCUUUUUUUCUUUCUCUCUUUCUCUCUUUCUUUCUUUCUCUCUUUCUCUCUUUCUCUCUUUCUCUCUUUUUUCUUUCUGUCUCUCUCUUUUUCUCUUUCUCUUCUAUCUUUUUCCCUCCCUUUUUUAUAUACAUACCACACACAUAUAUAUACGCGCGCGCGUGUGCAUACACACACCUUUCUUAGAAUUUCGCGAUCAUAUACACGCAGGUAUAAACAAAAAAUAUAAACAAUAGAGAGAAAGAAAUAUAACUUUGAUAGACGUUGGUGUUCAGUGCGUGGCCCGGCAUUGCGCCAUUUCAAGUUGCGCCACGCGUUGCGCCACGCUUCCGCGCGCGCGAAAAUUCUGCGUAACGCGUCGACGCGCCGCUGGUCGCGUGUGCGUUUCCAUUCGCACAGUGUUUGGUGCAUAUGUGUGCUUUCACGCUUUUGCCGUUAACAAAUUUUAAUGCGAACGAAAGGUACAGAGAUUCGAAUCUCGUGACAAACUUUUUUAUCUGUCAAUAAAAAGAGAUACAAAGAUAGAAAGAAAGAACGUGAGAAAGAGAGGGAGAGAGAGAGAGAGAGAGAGAGAGAGAGAGACAGAGAGAGAGAGAGAGAGAGAGAGAGAGAUCGUAGAUCGAUCGAUCGAUCUUAGAAUAUUUUAUGUAGCCGACGGACACAAACCUGGCCUUCUCUCUCGCGCGUAUCGAUGGAUCCGAUCGUCCUAGAAAGUAUGCCUGCUGUACUCAUUUCUCUGGCAACCUCUGACCUUGUGGGUCCCGGAUGCCCUGCCAACUCCUUAUCGCUGGCUUUCAGUCUUUUUUAAGCUCAUCGGUCGUCGUUGAACGAGAACGAAAUACGAGUAAAAGCGCUGGCGAGAUCGGCACUCAGCAGCAACAGCAGCAUCAGCAUCAACAUCAGCAUCAACAUCAUCAUCCGCAUCAGCAGCAGCAACAACAACAGCAACAGCAGCAACAACAACAACAGCAACAACAAUACGGCGAGGUGAACCAAUUGGGUGGAGUGUUUGUGAAUGGCAGACCACUACCAAACGCAGUACGUUUGAGAAUAGUCGAGUUAGCUCAAUUGGGCAUCAGACCCUGCGACAUUUCACGACAACUCCGAGUCAGCCAUGGAUGCGUCAGUAAAAUACUCGCACGUUACCAUGAAACCGGAAGUAUAUUGCCUGGUGCGAUCGGUGGAAGCAAGCCACGUGUCACCACACCUAAAGUCGUACAAUAUAUAAAGCAACUUAAACUUAAGGACCCUGGUAUAUUCGCUUGGGAAAUAAGAGACCGUCUCCUGUCCGACGGUGUCUGCGACAAAUACAACGUGCCAUCGGUUUCGAGCAUAUCAAGGAUACUACGGAACAAAGUUGGAGCUACCACGACGAUGCAUCAUCAUCCGCAUCAUCCAGCUCAUCAUCAUCAUCAUCUUUAUGCAGCCGCAGCGGCUGCCGCUGGUGCAGCACUGUGUCCUGUUCCGUAUCCACCAGCACCAUAUCAUGCGACGCCUUCGCCGACCCAUCAUCAUCAUCAUCACCAUCAAGUUGGUACAUCAACGGCGAUCAAGCUGUCCACGUCAUCGUCAGCAUCCUUGAUAUACACCAGUGGUGAGAUCCAAGCGAUAGCAGCAACGACCGCAACACUGACGGCACUAUCAACAACAGUAACAGCAGUGACAACAACUACAACGACGACGACGACAGCAACAAUGGCGGUUGCGACAGCUGCAGCAACAACAGCUGGUAUUCUUCAGUGGCCGAGUCCUCACACUGUCCAGGAUAUUUUAUCGAUUGGCGUCACUGCGAAUGGCACACCAAGUACCACUUACUCCUUGUCUGAUUCACCUGCUUGCACAAACAUUCUUCUCAACAACAACAAUAACAAUCACAUUACCAACAACAAUGUUAAUUACCACGAUCUUUCCCAUCGUCACCAUCAUCAUCAUCAUCAACAACAACAGCAACAGCAACAGCAACACAGUCAAUUGCAUCAUCGGCAGAAUAACGACGGUACCUCAGGGAGCAAUAACAGCAACAAUAAUAAUAGUAAUAAUAACGACGACAGCAAUAACGGCAGUAGUAAUACCAGUUGCGAUAGCGUCGGUAAUAAUAAUAGAGAAACGACACCGAGUGGGUACCAAAGUCUCCCUUAUCAAGCUCAUCAUCAUCAUCAUUAUCAUCAUCAUCAUCAACAACAGCAGUAUUAUGCUUCCGCGCUUUAUCACCAUCAUCACCAUCAUCAUCAUCAUCCAGAUAGUGUGAGACCGCUCGCGGCCGGCUCGCCUGUUCUCUCGCCGGUUCUUUCGGUCCAACCGAUAAUGAUGCAACUAUCGAGUAGUCAACCUGCCAGUCCUGUAAUUAAUGGUCGAUAGAUACUUUCUCGAUAUGUGUUCAUCAUUGAUCGUUUGUUCGAUCGUUAUUCAACUAAAUGCGAUAAUGAGAUGUGUGAAUUGAAAAGACUUCAUAAAAGAAAACAGUGCCUUUCGUAGAUUCGAUUCGAUGACACGUAAUCGAACAAACUGACAAAUCCAAUUUGAAAGUUGGUACUUUAAUUGCCAAUAUCCUAAAUACCAAAGACUAUCAUCUAAGCAUCUCUUUCUUUCAUUCUCUAUUUUUCUUUUCUACGCGUUUCGCGUUCUAACUUUCUAUGGACAUUUAUCAAUCAAAUGAUUAUUAAGUAGAUAAAUACGUGUUUGCGUACAUGAACGAAGUGAUAUUUCAGUGAAGUGCACUAAAUAUUUACACGUAAGUAUGCGAAGAAAACUAUGAUAAUCAUAUCUAUCGCAGAUCAAUUUUUUUUAUUAUUCCAAAUGGUAGCUACGAUGACAACGAAGAUUUUUGAAAAAAAUAUUAUACGUGAUUUGGUGAAAAUAUCGAUCAAUUAUUUGCCAUUACAAAUGGAGAAUCUUUUUUUCCUCAUGGAUUAUUUAAAAAAAAAAAAGUAUAACGUCAUACCAUUUUUAUUGUAUUCUAUCAUUGGUAGCCGUUGACAAAAUUUCUACCAAAUUCAGCGGCCGGUACGUUGUGUGAUUGCUCGUUAUACAAAAUCUUUAAUAUUUGUUUCUAACAAACAUUAACAGAUAAUUGUCAUGCAUAUGAGAUUCUAUUUAUAUACAUAUUACAAAUAUGUAUACUUAUUGAAAAGGUAAGAAAAGAAAUUGAUUUUUUUUUUCUGUUUUUAGUAAAGAGAACUUAACGUGCCUUUAUAUCAUAAUUACAUAUAAUUACACGUUUCUUCUCGUUUAAUUUAAAAACGUUUCUACACAUAAAACAACGAUCUUUAAGAAAGUAUUAACUUCGUAUCUUCUACAACUAAUCAUAUCACGUCGUGCGUACUUAUACACACGUAUUACCAGUAUUCAAAAUGUUCGAGUUGACGAUUAAUACCAAAAAUCAGUACGCGAUAUAACGUGUUAUUUUAAUAAAUAUAUAAUGUUUAACUAUUACAAAGAGCUUCGUGUCUCUUUUGUUCGAUUUAAAUAUAUAUGUAUAUGUAUAUACAUAUAUUGUCUUACCCUCUUCGUAUGUAUGUAUGUAUAUAUAUAAAGUACCUAUGAAUGCAUGUAUGUCAUAUAAUCGUAAAAAGCAAAUUUGGAUAUUUCGAGGAAGAAAUAUGCCAUGCAUAGAAUUUAACGCGUAAUAAUUCUGUAACUCUACGAGUCGACGAAAAGGAGUUAACCCUUCGUAUUAAGAUUAUAAAAGCAGACGCUCCUACUUCGUCCAAUCAGAAGCGAUCGAGCGUGAAAUCCCACCUCUUCGACGAUGCUGAACACCCACUCCCGGCGGUCCUAGCUUGGAAGGCCGCAAACAGAGUAACCAAUCACGGUUCAUUUCUCUGAGCAGGUAAGUAAAUGUGUUGUAUUUUUCUGUGAAUGAAAAGAAACAGUUAUUACAUCUUAAAUAACUUACAAUUAAUAUAUAAUUAUUUUUUAUCUCAUUAAACGUCAACAAAAAAAGAAACAGAAAUACAGAGAGAGAGAAAGAGAGAGAGAGAGAGAGAGAGAGAGAGAGAGAGAGAG